CGGCUUCUCGCAGUCGAAGUACGCCAACCGCAGCGACUGCUGUGUUGUGGGUGGGCUACUCAGUUCAGCUGUCGUGGCGUAUGUGCGUGUGUCAGGGUCACUUGCGCGUGAAGCCUUGAACCGGUGUGAUGUCUUGACGUUCCGACCCCCGUAUCGGCGUCAUAAUGUGUUCGUGCCAGGUUAUGUCAGCAGGCAGUAACACACACUGAAUUCAACAAUGAUAUUUUUUGAAAUAAUUGUACGAAUUGAGGUUACAAUAAAAUAUCACGCAAUGCAAAGGCGAGCUUGCAUGUUCCACAGCAAUUACCGAAAACUAGAAGAUGGACAUUCGUCGAGAACGGGAGGAAAUCGGUUGUAACGACGUUUCCCAGGACAGUUAGACCGUUUCUGACAGCCAUGGAGGCUCCCCUCUGCACUUAAAAGUAACCUUCUUCUAGGAAGCAAUUGUGUUGCAAGUUGACUGUACAUCGGACAUAGCAAGAUGUUGUUGCGUCGCUGUAGAACAUUUCGCUGGCUGUGGUUGAUGCUGGUGUUCCUGUCGGUGUCCAUGGGGACUGGCGCCGACUGCACCGAGCGGCAUCACCAGCACCACCACCACUACAAGCACCAACACCCGCACCAAGACACCAGACAUUCCGCCCAGCCAGAGCUGCAACUUCUACCGUCGUCACAAUUAGAGAGAAUACCAGCGUUGCCUUCCGACUGCCCGAACUGCAUUCAGCGGGAACAGAGGCGCGACAGGACACAGAACAGCGACGUGAUCCGUCUAGAGACCAUCAAGCGGCAGAUCCUGUCCAAGCUCGGCCUCAAAGAGAAGCCCAAUGUCACGGCGCCCGUGCCCCGCGAGGUCAUCAUGGAGACACUAUACAGGGCAGAGGAGACGGGGGAUCAGCAGGACGGCAGCGGUAGUGACGCCAGAAUCAUGGACGAUGACAGCGCGGGUCCAGCCAGCACGCGGGCCCCGGAAUCUGAACCUGACGACUUUUAUGGUCGCACAUCGGAAAUCAUCGCAUUUGCGGAACCAGGUCACACACUGAACGGGCAGCCACUCCUGGAGUUUGCGCAUGCGCAGGAUCUGGGUGGCGGCGCCGGAACCGAACUGCGGGUGAAAGCUGCGACACUGUGGGUCAGAGUGGACUUCCGGUCGCCUCUGCACCGCGCGUUUAGACACAAUGUGCCGGAUAAGAACCUCACCCUGUGGAUCUUCACCGUCACACAGCAACUGCAGACGAAUACCACACACUUAAGUGGUAAGGAAUUUGAUGAGUAUACAGAGAUGGCUGCUUCCCUGCCGGUGUCACUGUCCAUGCUGGGCUGGCAAAAAUUUGACCUGACAGCCACCGUCCGUAACUGGUACUCGUCUGGCACAGCUGCAAGAGAGCGCCUGCGAUUGUUGGUGGACUGCUCAGGGUGCGGUGACCUCGUCGAAGCUGUCCUGUUCCGCACAGAAAAGAAGGACCCACAGCGACCGUUCCUUGUUGUACACACUGACCCGACGAUCAUCAGGAGAGUGCGUCGCCGAGCACUAGACUGCUCUGGGGCACUGAAAGGGCAGUGCUGUAAGCAGAGGUUCUUUGUCAGCUUCAAGCAGCUUGGUUGGGAAGACUGGAUCAUAGCUCCUAGUGGUUACUACGCCAACUACUGCCAAGGAAACUGCGGGGGUGCCCACCGAACGCCUGACACCUUUCUUAACUACUACACCCAUGUCAUGGAGGAGUACCGCAAGUUGGACCACCCAACAGGCAUGCAGCCAUGCUGUGCGCCUGUCAAAUUCUCCUCUAUGUCCCUCAUAUACUUUGGACCAGAUAGCAACAUUAUUAAAAGAGACCUGCCUAAAAUGGUAGUCGAUGAAUGUGGAUGCCCUUAGAAUGCGAUGUAGAAUAUUCACUUGGUUGUCCCUUCUUUUGGUAAUGUUGAAUUUUCGGGUAACAAAUUAGCGUGAGUUCUGAAGUGCGAUUAUCAUGCUGUGCUUGAGAUAUCAAUGCCAUCUUGCAAUUAUAACAAAUAUUAUUUUAAAAUGUAUGCGUUGCUCAAUUUUUCCUAUAACAAUAUGUUGUAAAAUCUUUUAUUAUUGAUUUUUGUAAGAAAAUAUUUUCGUGCCCAAAGAACUUCUUGUGUUUUAAACAUAAAAAUGGAAAGAAGAAUUCUGUCAUCACCAUCUCCAACCUUAACUUGAGAUUGAAUGACAGCUACAAUUUGGAGCGCUACUUAUUCCUAGUCAAAUUCCAUGUUGUAGAGAACGUGAUUUCAUAUAUUUUCAUGCAAUUAUGUUUUGUGGUAUGUACAUACUCGUAUACUGCUGAUUCAUUGCAACGUUACAUCAGAAAAUUUGAGAGAGUUCAGUUCAUUUCCAGCAGAAUGAUCUAGAUGAAGGCCUGCUGUCUGGGUAAUUUAGGUGAGAAAGAACACAAGUGCCCACAAUUACCGUAUGGGAAGACUGUUCCCUGGUAACUAACAUCUACACCCAACUGGAAUACAAAUGUUUGUCUGUGUGGACUGUGAUCCGUCUUUUAAUGAUAACAAAGGAUAUGUUUCCUCUGUCACUGCCUCCGAAUAAAUUUGAUGGAUUGUGUGAAGUAUGACAUUUCAGGAGAAAACGUCCCAUAUAAAUAAACAAAUAAAUAAAUAAAUAAAUAAAUAAUACAAGAAAAGAAAAAGAGGCUGAAAUUGUUAUAUAGGUUAAAAACACGGAAAUUUAAAACAUGAAAAUUGUGAUGAACUCCUGACAAGUUCAUUCAUAGUAAAACAUAGCAAAUUAAUCUACAUAAUUUAUAUAUGUUUUAAAGGGCUGGCCAAGAUGGAUCUAUUUGAAAUAGUUUCUUCUCCACUAUAUUUCAAUAUUUAUUCAGAGAAACAGAUGCAGUUGUGUCUCAAUAUUAUUAACAGUUCAAUAAUGAGGCAUGAAGUGAAGAAGUGCCGAUGUGAAGUUCCAGUGAUAUUUAGUAUUUAAGUUUAUGCAAAUAAAAUGGGAGCAUUCUGUGACUAAAGAGUGUCUUCAUUGAGACGAACUUGACAAUAAGAAUUGACUAAUGUAAAUGUAUAUAGGGUUUCAAAUACAUUGACUGUGCUUCAAUUGUUUGAAAGACAAUUAUCCAGCUGUGGGAUGAAAGUAAAGCAGUUGGUGUCGUGUUGCAAGUACAAAGACUAUGGAUGUUCACCUUUCUCUGAACCAUUAAAAUAAUUCCACCAUGGAAUAUCAUAUUUGUUCCACACUAAUAGAGUACAUUCACACUCACUCAAACUUGGUCAGAUAGUUGGUUUCCAUUUAAUGUUUAUUAUGUAUGUUCGUUUCAGUUGCAGCUUUUUAGAUGUUAGGUCAAAAAGUUCAUCAUUUUGGUCACUCGGCUUCAUAUAUUAAUGCAAAUGUCGUUACACACAGUCGGUAGUCAGCUUACACGCAGAUGAUGUGUAAGUGGCUUUCUCUAUAAAAUGUAUAAUUAUUUUUGUGCAUUACAAAUUUUUAUAAAUGUGAUGUGUUAUAUAUAGAUAUUUUAUAUAAGACUUGAAGAAUUUUUGGCGACUAAAAGUGUUAAAAUGUGCUUGGGUCAUCAGCUGCAUAAAUUUUGAUUAAUAAAAGUCCAAGAUCAGGUAACAGCUGUAAGAGCUGUUAGUAGAAAAUCCCUUGGGGCCUUGCCUUCAUGAAGUCAUAGUGCUUGGAAUGAAGUAUAAAUAUCGGACACUUGUAAUUUGAAUUGUUGUGACAGAUUUUAUCAGUGCAUAGCUUUCCAAUUUCUUGCAUAUAUGGGAACCCCUAUCACGUGUUUCUUUCUUCAGAGGAGCAAAAUAUUUGCUUGUCAACCCCAAUUUAAAAUUUGUUGUGCUCGUCUCUGUUGCUCAUGUUUCUUUCAGUGGAUGUGUUUUGUAUUGUGUCCCAAAAUGACUUCAGAGAAUGAAAUAAUGCCAUGUUACUGGAGAGGCAGAACCCUCUAAAUAGAAAUUUCUCAGUGAUAUAAUAUUUGUAUAAGGUGGGGCUUGUGUGACAGGAGUUCACCUGCUCCCUUACAUGUUAAAUUCAUUAUUCCCACUGAUACAUUUGUUCUGGAUAUGAGAAAUUAUAAUUAAUUGUCACUACUCAGUUUCACCACACCCAAUGUAACAAAAUGUUAGUUGUUAUGUUUAAGUGUCCUCUGUUUAAUUGUAUUUUUAAAGUAACAUAUUACAGUAACUUGCAUGAGGAGCAGAAAGAAUAGAAGUUGCCAGUGACAGUUAAGGAGAAUAUUCUUUUGCAGACUGAAUCAUGGUGAUGGUGUUAAUAUUGUCAGAGAGUAUGGCUUCAGUUGUAAUUGCAAAUACUCAGAUGCCAGUGAAGCCCACAGCUGGAUAUUUGUAUGUAAAGUAAGAGUUUUGGCUUCCUGCAGAACAAGGUCUGAGCUCGGUGCUGUGACAACCAUUACAUGAUCUUAAUAUAUGACAUUAUA